AUGUACGCGACACCUACCCCUGUACUGUCCAGAGCUACUGGUUCUGCCAAGAACCUGAUUGUCUUUGGUGACUCUUACUCAACUGUUGGCUUUUGGCCUGGAGGCGACUUACCCAGUGCUGGCAGCCCGCUAGGAAAUCCCGCCCUACCAGGACAAACAACGGCCAAUGGACUGAACUGGGUUGGUCAGUUGACUAGCGCGCUGAACACUUCCGUGGUCCUGACUUAUGACUUUGCUGUUACUGGCGCUACGGUUGACAAGGAAAUCGUCUCGACAUAUGCACAGUACUGCAUUGAUGAUCAGGUUGCUCAGUAUGAAGAAUAUGUCGCAGGUAAAAUCAGUUCUGCAGACACUCUUGUUGCUGUUUGGAUCGGUAUCAAUGAUCUCGGCGAACCAUUCUGGAAGAAAUCGGCAGCGCCAGUCGAGAAGACCAUGGAUCGGUACUUUGAGCUCUUGAAGACUCUUUCCGAGACUGGAUUAAAGAAGUUUGCGCUCCUCACUGUUCCUCCAUUCGCGGACCAAAUCCCAGCUAUGAACGGGCAGCCUGAGUCAGACCUCAAGACGCUUCGUUCAGACAUCAUUGCCUAUAACAAAGCUCUGACUGAGCGCGCUGCUACUUUUGCAAAGUCUGGCUCAGGUAUCGAGGUGACCGUAUUUGACACGAAACCUACUUUCGACGCCGCGGUGAAGAACUUUAAAGAUUAUGGAGCCAAGGAUGCAACAUGCUAUGGCGGGAAUGAUUGCCUCUGGACUGAUACCUAUCAUGCGGGUGUUGCUAUUCACAAAGCUCUGGCCAAGAACUUCGCCGAUGGUAUUAGUAAGGUUUUCACGUUCUGA